GGUGUAGAAGCCAUGGAGAAUGGAAAUGGGGAAACAAGAAGCAACAACAAUGAUAAUGCAAGGUUAACUAUAAUAGAAUUAGCUAACAUGAUAAGGUGUACCUAUGUCUCUCAAUACCAUUAUCAAACUCAAGAUAGCUGAUGCUAUUUGGGAAGGUGGAUCAAAUGCUCCACUCUCUCCAAAUGAAAUUCUCACUAAAAUCCGCCCUCAGCGUGGCCGGGAUGCUGAGAACCUUCAACGAAUGCUAUGCAUGCUCACGAGCUACCGUGUGUUCGAGGAGCAUGUAGUUGAUGACGACUCUCAAAGAAGAUCUGUACAAACUAGUCGUGCUAAACUUGGAAGGGUCUGUUGUUACUGCGUCAUGUUUGGAUUACCUCACAGCUCUCACUUCGUUGAAGUCGCUAAAUGUCAAUAGAUCUCACCUUUUAGAUGAUGGAUGUGAGAAGUUUUUGGCCAAUGAAGUACAAGAUUAAAAAGAUACCAACACAUCCCAUAAGGUUUGCUGUCAAUUUUAACAACAAUUUCCUAAAGGACAAGAAUGUGAUCAGAUUCCAGGGGGGAGGAGUAUCUUCAGCAGACUGAUUAUGCAAGGAAACUGUACUGCAUAUAAACACCAGAGGCAGAAGCAUCUCCAGCUUCCAAAGACCUUUACUUGCUUCAAAUUCAUACCCUUAGGUCUUGUAAUUAGAGAAGUUGUUGUAUUGUCUUUUUAUUCACUAUGUAAGAUUGUUUCUCGUGUUUUGUAGCUGUAGCAUGUAUAGACUUUUUGUAAUUGAUAGGAGUGUAGAUAGUUAUCAUCUAUUUGUUUUGUAUUGAACACUAUUGGAUGAAUAGAGUGCAUCGUUCACAAAAAAAAGACAGAUAUUCAAC